GUACCUUGACAUCAAUCUUAUCCCGCGUGCUGCUAGUGGUCUGACCAACGUCAUUCCUGGUCCUGUCUCAUUGCGAAACGAGCAACCGUUAUUUUUAAGGCUUAGUCAAACCCCAGGGCGGCAGCUCUUUAGCGUCAUUUGCGCGGAGCCGUGCUGAAACGGAUAUGGCGUCAACGCUCUCUAGUUUGUUUUGUGCCGUCGGAUCAGAGACCACCAAGCUCAGUGACGAAGAUAUCCGUCAAGAAAUAUUCUCUUUUCUUGAGGCUCUAGGCGAUCGAGAGGAUGUUUUGCUUCUCCCACCCGACUACACCAGGUUCCAUUCGAAAGCGGGAAGCCUUACACAAAUGAUUUGUGAAUACUACAAAUACAUUCCGUCUACAGAGCCACCAACAUCCAAAACGCUCAAAUCCGACCAAAUUCUGAUCUCUCCCAAGAUUGAGAUUCUCCCUGCUUUGGGGACACACGCACCCAUGACUAAGACAGAAAUCAAAAAAAUGUUCGGAACAGAAUUGGCGGGGAAGGAUCCUACCCCGUUUCUUGUACACGAUUGGCGAAACGACGUUGUGACAAUUGGACACGCCCCGGCUGAAAUGGUCAAAAAUGCUACGCAUGGUAUGGUCGAGCAGCCUUGGCCCGCGCAACUGAACAAGGUCGUCUGGGAGAAGAGAAUCCAUGAUACAAAUACGCAAACUCAUAAACCUUUGGUUCUCAGUAUUGGACAGGUCGUUCCCCAUGAAGUCAUGGGCAUGGCAAAUUUCAACAAGAAUGUGUUCGUCGGUACUGGCGGUGUGGAAGCCAUCAAUCUGUCCCACUUUAUUGGAGCCGUUCACGGUAUGGAGCGUAUGAUGGGACGAAAAGACAAUCCACUACGAGAAAUAUUGAACUAUUCUUCCAAGGAAUUUCUAGAAAAGGAACUAGAUCUGUGGUACAUUUUAACGGUCAUAGGGUCGGAUCCAAAGGACGAUAGUUUGUGUGUUCGUGGUCUUUAUAUUGGGCGCGACAUUGAGUGCUAUUCUCGAGCUUGUGACUUGAGUCUCCAAGUCAAUUUUACUCUUCUGGACACUCCCGUAAAAAGGUGUGUGGUCUAUCUGGACGAAGAUGAGUUUCAUAGCACUUGGCUCGGGAACAAGGCAAUUUACAGGACGCGUAUGGCUAUGGAUGAUGGAGGUGAGCUGAUUAUCUUAGCUCCGGGGGUAAAACAGUUUGGGGAGGACGCACAGAUCGACAAGUUGAUUCGAAAGUAUGGUUACAAAGGGACGCCCUAUACGCUAAAACUUAUGGAAGAGCAUGAAGAGCUCCGGGACAAUUUAUCAGCCGUCGCUCAUCUCAUCCAUGGGUCUACCGAGGGUAGAUUUUCCGUCACAUACAGCCCGGGUCAUUUGACCCGGGACGAGGUCGAGACGGCAGGGUUUGCUUAUGCUGACAUUGAGGAGAUGUCAAAGAGAUACCAAAGAGACAAGCUUAGAGACGGAUGGAAUACAGAUAUUGAUGGUAAACACUUCUUUUUUGUUAGUAAUCCAGCUCUCGGGCUAUGGGCAGUCAAAUCCCGCUUUGAAGAUGGAGAUGAACAGCGUGGACACGAUCAAGUGUAG